CUUUAUUAAUCAUCUUUAGAGAUUUACGAAGCAAUAUGUCGAGUAAUUCUUUAUUAAAAGAAAGUCGGGCAAAUGCAAUACCGACAAUUGUUGAACCUCAAAGUGACUCAACACAGCCUUCUGCGCAGAAUAUUACAAGCUCUGCAUCUUCGAAUAAUUUAAGUACUUCAUUCGUCCCCAAUGAUGAACAACCUAACUGUGACAUUGAAUACCUCGAAUUAACAGCAUCAGGUUUAACUUAUGUAUCAGCAGGUGCAUAUGGUAAGGUUUUUAAGACACAAUGGGAAGGAAAUAAUGUAGCAGUAAAAUUUGUUAGCCGUAGGUUACCUGAACAAUUAAUAGAUUUUAACCGUGAGUUGAGGGCUUUGAGGAAAGCUAUGGAAUCUUUGGAAUGUGAAAAAUAUAUCAUCGGAUUUUUCGGAUUAUCUAAAG